ACUUAUUAAAUACAAUAAAUAUUUAUUUCCUUUUUUUUUAUUUUUCAUUUUAACCUCUUCUCUGCCGUACCAGAAGGCAGAAGUGGUGGGUGUUGGUAGGUAUUCCUGUGGAUGCACAGUGCAGACUGAACAAACAAACACAACAUACAGCGAAGAUCUCUAUGAAUUCAAUUCUUUGGAUUUCUGGAUCAAGCUUCGAACUUGAAGAUAACCCAGCUGUUUCAGACACCCUUUUCCCCAAAAUAGAGUAAAAAUCAUUCCUUGAGCUGAGACUUGUUUGUUUUUGUUCUUUCUGUGAUCUGAGAUUGAAGGAAUUGGGAAAGAAAGGGUAGGAAUAGGAGGAUAUGGAAGAGGAAGGAGAUCAAUUCUAUGAUACCCGUGAGGAAUUGUGUUCUGUCUCUGAUGGGGGUUCAGAUUGUUCAGAAUCGGAUGAAUCUAGUUCUGGUAACGGACAUGUUACUAGGUACCAGGUUUGGACAAAACACCUUGAAAGUGUUCACCAGAGACGUCUCAAUUUCCUGAGAUGGAUGGGUUUAGAGUCUGAUGGGAAUUCAAUGAAGGGUGAGGAGUUGGCAGAUUCAUCUUGUGGAAUUGACCGAAUCACUGCAACAAGUGGGGCAGUGCUGAGAACUUCUUUUGAUGAUGAGGGUCUUCCCUCAACCUCAAACCAGAUUAUGUUGGAUUCCUUGUCGAAUGAGGCCUCGUGCUCACAAGAAAACCACGAUGAUUUGCCAUGUAUGAUAAAGAAUUUAGAUGAUGGAACACAGUAUAUUGUGGAUAAACUUGGUCAAGAUGGAACUCUUAGUACUCUGCGUGUUUUGGGUUCCAACCAAUUGAUUAGCUUGGAUGAGUUUCAGAGAAAUAUUGGGUUGUCACCGUUGGUUCGCAGACAUUUGCAGAGAGAUAAUGAAAACACAAGGUUGUUGGGAGUUGCAAAAAGGAAAAUGAAGAGAAGUUGGCUAAGGAAACUGGAUUCUAUUGCUUGUUUUGUUCAUAAUCGAGGAGCUGAUGAAACUAACUGCAAAGACUAUGAUUCGAUGGAUAGAAAUGGGAUCCAGAGAGUUCGAGUACAUUCAUAUAGGAAGCGAUUUAAGGAGUUUUCCUCGCUUUACACCGAACAAGAGUUUAAAGCACACAAGGGUGUCAUUUUAACAAUGAAGUUCAGUCUUGAUGGAAAAUAUCUGGCUAGUGGUGGUGAAGAUGCAAUUGUGCGUGUGUGGAAGGUGGUUGAGGAUGAAAGAUCAAGUGAAUUGGACAUUCUGGACAAUGAUCCAUCAAAUAUAUAUUUCAAAAUAAAUAAUUUUUCAUGUGUAGCUCCCCUUGAUGUAGAUAAAGAGAAAUUAGUUAAAACGGAGAAGUUGAGGAGAUCCUCUGAUUCAACCUGUGUGAUUAUCCCACCAAAGACCUUCCGCAUAUCAGGGAAACCUUUGCAUGAGUUCCAAGGGCACAGUGGAGACAUUUUAGACCUCGCUUGGUCCAAAAGAGGGUUUCUACUGUCAUCAUCUGUUGAUAAGACAGUGCGCCUAUGGCAUGUAGGAAUGGAUAGAUGUCUUAGAGUUUUCUCCCACAAUAAUUAUGUGACGUGUGUAAAUUUCAAUCCCGUCAAUGAUAAUUUUUUCAUCAGUGGUUCAAUUGAUGGAAAAGUACGCAUCUGGGAAGUUGUUCACUGCCGGGUUAGUGAUUACAUUGAUAUCAGAGAGAUAGUCACGGCUGUGUGCUUCCGCCCGGAUGGGAAGGGCACAAUUGUGGGUACCAUGGCAGGCAAUUGCCGUUUCUAUGAAAUCAUAGAUAAUCACCUGCAAUUGGAUGCUCAAGUGUGUCUACGAGGCAAAAAGAAGACACUAGGGAAGAGGAUCACUGGCUUUCAGUUUUCACCAAGUGACCCUAGCAAACUAUUGGUUGCUUCUGCUGAUUCACAUGUCUGUAUACUUUCUGGAGUUGAUGUCAUCUACAAAUUCAAGGGCCCAAGAAGUGCAGGUCAGAAUCACGCUUCCUUCACUACCGACGGGAAACAUAUAGUCUCGGUUAGUGAGGACUCAAAUGUGUGUAUCUGGAAUUACACUGGUCAGGAUAGGAGUACUUCCAAAGCAAAGAAGAUUUGGUCUUCAGAGAGUUUCCUGUCACACAAUGCAGCAAUUGCUGUACCUUGGUCCGGCAUCGAGUCAAUGCCAGGAACGCUUUUGUCUCCAUCACUGGGAGAGGAUUUGAAUCAAAGGUCAUCUCUCUCUUCACCUGACUGUUUCUUCUUGACUCGUGGAUUUUUGUCAGAGUUAAUCCCAAAGGUUUCGGCUACCUGGCCGGAGGAGGCGCUCGUGGACUCGUGUCAAACUGUUGUUUCUCCAACAAUGUGUAAAUCAGAGUACAAGUUCUUGAGAAGUGCUUGCAAGGGGAUGUCUAAUUCUCACUUAUGGGGCCAAGUAAUUGUAACUGCAGGAUGGGAUGGACACAUAAGAGUGUACCAGAAUUAUGGAUUACCCGUUCGUGUUUAAAUUAAAACCAAGUUUGAGGUUCAUUUGUUGAGCCUUUCUAUAGGUAGUAGCUAUGCUCCCAUAGCAUUAGAGGGUUCUUGGAUACAAUGGAAUUUGCUAUUAUGCAAAGCUCCAUCAUUUGCAAGUGUAAUAGUAUAGUAGACAGGGCAAUUCUUCAGUAGCUGAUUGGGGAUUGCCCUCACGUAAUAAUAUUCUUUAUACAAAGUCAAUAUCAAUAUUAUGAUUCUUUGAUUUUUAAGGACUGUUGGUUGAUAGAAUGUAAGAAGCAUUUUUGCUGAUGGUCCUGGUAGAGUUGUAAUUCAUGAUCAUGUGUAUAUACAGAAGAUUUUAGU